GUUUUGGGCAAGUUUUACAUUGAGGUCCAAGCGUGAAAUUGACGCGCCCAUUUCGAGACCGGCAGCCGCCAUUGAAGCUGCUUCAGAGCUCUGCGUCCUCCAAUCACUGCCGACGCUUCUCUCCGCGCCGCGACCCAGCUAUGCCUGACGGUGAGGCAACGACCGUUACAUUGGGCGGCAAGGGUUCCGCCCUGGCUCCGUCUUCCGUGUUCGCAGUGGCAAAUGGGCUUGCGAAGGUGCGGGUCGAUUCAUCGGCCCACGAUCGCCUCGCCGCCAGUCGGAGCUCGCCGUCCGCUACUUACCAGAUUCCGUUUCCUUCCCAGUUCACUCCGGAGGAAUCCAGAGCUUCCCUCACUGUGCUCCUCAGUAAGCUCGUUCUCUCCGGUGCUUCAGGUACGCGUCCGGUCCUCCCAGAAUUGUUCUCCAGCUCAUUGAAUUCUAGGGAGAGUCUCGACUUCGGACAACUUGAUGUCACCGAGGAAGAACUGAGUAUAUUGGAGAAAUCAGAUACCAAUUUGCACGGUGUUUGCGCCCUGUUGGAUCACCAAUCGACUUUUUUGUCGAUGGUUGUGGAUGCGGUGGCUGCAUUGUCAUGCGAAGCCAUCAAGGCCGAUGUCUCAGUGUUCAAUUCAGUGGAUGCAGGUGAUGGCUUUACCCCCAAGGAUGAGAUAGGGGUUAGCAGUGACAUGAAGGUUUUGCUUAAUGGAUCUAAGCUGGUGGGUAAGGUCGAGGUCGAAGCAGUUCGCAGUAUUCUGAAAAUACAUGCGACUUUGAGAAAAGUGGUGAAGUCACUGCACUUAGAAAUGCGGGCUAAUUUGAACUCGGCUGUGAAAGUUGGAAAAGCCGGCUCGGGAAAGGAUGGAGCUGUGGUGGCAGGGGCGACUGCGCUGCUGCCGCUGGCCUCUGCGCUUCAGAGUGUGGGUGAGAGUAGUUUGUUGCGUACCAAAAUGAAUUUGGAUUUGAUUACUGCUGACUCUUUAAGAAGCAGUUUGGUGCAUAUGUUCGAGAGGCAGUGUAUUACUGCUGAUGAUUUGAGGGGCAAAUUCAAAGUUAUACUGGACACCCACUAUGGCAGGGAUUAUGAUAAUUUUGUGCACGAGGUGUAUGUCCUUUCUGGUUCUGUUUGGAAAAUAGUAGCUUGGGAGGCCGUGAGUGCAUUUGUUGCACUUGAAGGGGCCAAGCUGACAGGAAAGGAAACUGAAGGCGACGUGACUGGGGGGAAUGCACAAGUGGAUAAAAAGACCGAGAAGAAGAAGAAGAAGGUCGUUUUGGGGAAGGGGACUGCUGUUGUGGUGCACGUGAUUACUGACAUAUUGCAGAGAAUCGGAGGAAAUGCUGCUGAUAUAGUGGAGAAAUUUGUUGAGGAUCUUUUGUUAUUUUUUGACACGAAAGAUCAGCACUUUGAUGUCUUGUUGAAGACACUGCAAGACAUCCUAGAAAGCAAUGAAAGUAGAAGGCUGCCCAAGCUUCCCAAGGGUACUCGUGAUUUUGCGAAAGAGCAAAUGGCAAUAAGAGAGAAAGCGUUCUCUAUCAUUACAGAGGUUUUCAAGAAGCAUGGAGCAACUGCCCUUGAUACUCCUGUUUUUGAAUUGAGAGAGACUCUAAUGGGAAAGUACGGGGAGGACUCAAAGUUGAUUUAUGAUCUUGCUGAUCAGGGUGGAGAGCUUUGUUCCCUACGCUAUGACUUGACUGUCCCAUUCGCAAGAUAUAUGGCUAUGAAUGGUCUUACAUCAAUGAAAAGGUACCAAAUUGCUAAGGUGUACAGAAGGGACAACCCGUCAAAGGGAAGAUAUCGUGAGUUCUACCAAUGUGAUUUUGACAUUGCUGGUCCGUAUGCAAGAAUGCAACCAGAUUCAGAGGUCAUAAAGAUAAUGACUGAACUGCUUGAUAAACUGAACAUUGGAGAAUAUGAGGUGAAGUUAAAUCACCGAAAGCUACUCGAUGGGAUGCUGGAAAUAUGUGGAGUGCCUCCAGAAAAAUUCAGAACUAUCUGCUCAAGUGUUGACAAGUUAGACAAGCAGUCAUUUGACCAGAUUAGAAAGGAGAUGGUGGAGGAGAAGGGUUUAACUCCUGAGAUGGCAGAUGGAAUCGGUGAGUUUGUGAAGAAGAGGGGACGGCCUUUAGAGUUACUCUCAGAACUUCAGCAGAAGGGCAGCAAAUUUUUGGAGAAUGAAGGAUCUGUCCAAGCGCUGAACGACUUGGAGAUAUUGUUCAAAGCUCUUGACAAGGCAAAGUGCAUUGAUAAAGUUGUUUUUGAUUUGAGUCUCGCAAGAGGUCUUGAUUAUUACACCGGUGUUAUCUAUGAGGCUGUUUUUAAGGGCCUUACACAGGUUGGUUCAAUUGCUGCCGGUGGGCGAUAUGACGACCUCAUAGGAAUGUUUGGCUCAAAGCCGGUUCCAGCAGUUGGUGUCAGUCUAGGAAUUGAGAGAGUAUUUGCCAUAAUGGAGCAAAAUCAGAAAGACCAAAAUCAAACAAUUCGAGCAACCGAGACACAGGUUCUGGUGGGGUUCCUGGGAGAGGACUUGCCCCUGGGCACGGAAUUGGUGAACGAGUUCUGGGAGGCCAACGUGAAAGCCGAGCUCAUGCUCAACAAGCGAGUGAUGAAGCACAUUGACCAUGCCAAAGAUUCUAGGAUCCCCUACAUGGUACUCGUGGGCGAGAGGGAGCUGAGCGAAGGAGUGGUGAAACUGAAAGAUAUCGAGGCCGCCAAGGAAGAGGUCAUCCCGAGGACUCAAAUGGUUGAAGAAGUUAAGAAGCGCUUGUUAACUAUCAGAGAAGCCACCUUGUAAGCCGAUGGCCACUAUAUUCAACCGUCAUUACUAUAUAUUUGGCCGAAAUUAACACUGUACAUGGUGCUGCCAGUUCACAUAUAGCGCGCGAUACAGCACGUCCAGAUUACGGCAGAGUGAGUCAAUUAAGAUAGUUACAGGAAGUUCCAUUGGACAUGAUACAUACUUGCCGUGCAAGUCCGAAUUGCCGACUGAAUCUUGGUCAAAUUUUUACAACUUUGUGUGCUCCUGCUAGUUUGAAAGCGGUAUCAACCCGAAUAGCGGUAUCGUGUGUUUAACGUUUAACGUGUCUAAUUUUUGCUUACUUGUUCAGUAAAUUCUUUGUUAGGUAAGUCUUUUUUUUUAUGAUGAUACUUGACUUUUUGUUUCAGGGUUUUGCUUGCCUUGACCAUUGUUGAAACCUCGAGCAUCUUUUCCCC